AUGCCUUCAUUCUUAGGGUUUAGGGUUCAUAAAAUUGAAGGGUUAAUUUCCCUUUUGAAUUCCAAACAAUAUUUGCCACCGUGGAUUAAUACUGUCCGGCAUUUUAGCUUCGGUGAUGACCGCGGUGGCACCGUCAAACAGGCGGCAGUGGGAGAAUCUGAUGAUGAAUUUUCCCGAGACACGAGUUUUAAUGAUAAUGGUAGCACUAGAAAUGAAGAAGGAUUUGGUAUUGGACAACAUAGGGUUUUGAGAGGUCAGAGGCCGAUAAAUCAGCCUCCUUUGCAUUCUCAAGAAUCUAAUCGAGGUGGCCGUCGUCCGAGAUUCGAUGGAAAUCGCGGCAAUAAAUCUUCUCAAAUUGAUAUUGGCUAUCAGGGUAGAAAUGUGGCUGAAACUGGUAGAGAUGCGGGUCAAUUAGGAGAUAGUUUUCUCGAUAAAUUUAAACUUGGUUUUGAUGAUAAGUUAGGGAAUCCGUCAGAGGUUCAAGCAAACAGCCAAUCUGGAGAAGCGACAAAUUCGUCAAGUUCCAGUCAACUAGCUGUAGAUUCUAUGCCUCAAGAUGUUGAUGAGAUCUUCAAGAAGAUGAAGGAAACUGGUCUUAUCCCUAAUGCAGUGGCUAUGCUUGAUGGUUUAUGUAAAGAUGGGAAUGUUCAAGAAGCUUUGAAGCUUUUCGGUUUGAUGCGGGAAAAGGGAACGAUUCCGGAGAUUGUCAUUUACACAGCUGUAGUGGAGGGAUACACUAAGGCCCAUAAGGCUGAUGAUGCUAUAAGGAUUUUCAGGAAAAUGCAGAGUAAUGGUAUUACUCCAAAUGCGUUUAGUUACACAGUCCUUAUACAAGGACUCUACAAAUGUAGCAGACUACAGGAUGCAUUUCAAUUUUGUGUGGAGAUGUUAGAGGGGGGUCAUUCACUAAAUGUCACAACUUUUGUUGGUUUGGUAGAUGGUUUCUGCAAGGAAAAUGGAGUUGAAGAAGCAAAAGGUGUUGUCAAGACAUUAACUGAAAAGGGUUUUGCUUUUGAUGAGAAAGCUGUCAGGGAGUUUUUGGACAAGAAAGCACCAUUCUCACCCUCCAUUUGGGAGGCCGUCUUUGGUAAGAAAGCUCCUCAGAGGCCAUUUUAA